UGAAGACAAUAUGGCCGUCAGAAAAGCGUAGAUUGUCGGAUAUUUGCUAGUUUCAAGUAUUCGAGCGUAUUUUAGACUUUUCCAAAAAAGUGAGAGGUGCAUUCUCUUUUAUUAAUUGCUAGGAUGGUGCGCUGGGUAGUCAAAGUGGUGAGCAAGUGACUAAACUACUGUAUAAUUGGUGCAAAUAGAGAUGACGGGUCCCCACGCUGGGAAAUCAUCACGACGCACCUCGCAUUUUAUAAAAUUCAAUUUCAUAGUUUUUUGACUUUAAUACCUGGUUUUUCCGACCAGCGCACCUUCCUAGCAAUUAAUAAAAGAGAAUGCACCUCUCACUUUUCCGAAUAAGUCGAAAAUACGCCUAAAUAGUUGAAACUACGAAAUCUCGCAUAAAAAAUGAUAUAUAUAUGUUGGUAUCCAAGACCCUUAAUGAAAAGCUAGAUCUUUGAGAAUCUUUUGGAGAUUAAAAAUAAAAUAAACCCAGAUGGGUUCAAUUGAUCGUAAAAAAAAGGUUGUAAAAAGAAACAUGAGAAUUGGAUUAUAGAAAAUGCGGAAAUCCACACGAUUUAAUAUCAACGAACUACAUAUUUUGAUUUGCAUUAAUAUUGGUUUGAAAAUUUAUUUGUGCGGGCCCCCUGAAUGCGCACUACUAAUUUGUGGAGGGUAAUAAUGUUGAUGUUGCAGUCGAGCGGCGCCGAAAGCCGACCGACAAAUUGAGGCAUCAGUUACAACAUCUCUGGGAAACUUCAAGUGCGUUGAAAAAAGACGUUGAAAGACUGUUAGCAAGUAAAGCAGGUAAUGCAGGAAUUCCGUCAUGCUAUGAAAAUGAUAACGGAAAGCAUGAAAAUACGGCAAGAGAUCUAGUACCUGACUCGAUAACAGUACAACGUACUGAUGUUAGCUGUGAAGUUAGUGCCAGUACCACCGAGUGCAAAGAACAUCACGGUGAAACUCUUGAACACAGGAAUUCGCAAACGGUCGAGAAAAAGUUACAACUCGAAACCUGCCAUUUACGACUUCACCGAUUCCGAAGAUGAAAUCGAACGUGACAAAGAAAACACUCCACCAAAUAUUUCAGCAGAUCAUGUGAAUAGAAUUCGGUAUGUCGUGGCUCUGGGCGGGAGGCAACCUUUUUCAGCAAAGUUUAAAAACGCCAAUGGAGUAAUCACCAACAGUACCAUUCGCAAAGGACUAAAGAUUGUACUUGCACAGGAGUACCACUGUUCGUGUUCUGUGAGAUUCAGUACAAAACCUAAUUUCACCCAACUAAGAGGCAUGGAACGAGAUGAAGUGAAGCGCGCGUCGAGUAAGCGACAACCGCGUGAUUACCAAUUACAGGUCGAAAGUAGCCUUGAUUCGGCUCUAGCUGCGGACGGAAACAUGCAAGACUUACGCCGUCUGUAUAUUUAUCAAAAAGCGAAGUCUGAAGACAAUUGCAAAAACGACUUAGCUCUUAACUCAGGAGACCUUAGCGACGUGUUCCAGUUAUGGAUGGUGCAGGCGAAGGAAAAAGAUCCGUAUCUUCGUUAUGUGUCCCUACCUCUGACUGCGAUGAUGUUCACAGAGGCUCAAUUAGAGAUAAUAGAAAAGUCGAAGGGAACAGUCGUGCACUUAGAUACCACCGGAUCUGUUGUCAGAAAACCUCCUCAUCUGAAUUAUAAGCGGAUUUAUUACUACAUUAUAGUCACAAAGCACAAGGAAUCCGUGAUACCAAUUGCUGAAAUGGUUACGUCGGAACACAACAUCAAUUCGAUCGCAACAUUCCUUAAAAAGUACAGAUUUUUUGUGCAGCAAAAAUUACACGCUUGGCCAUUUGUUGCGGCAGUAGUUGUCGAUUGGAGUUGGGCAUUGAUGAACGCUAUUUUUUCGGAAUGGAACCACAUGACUGUUGGAGAAUAUUUGAAUAUGGCGUACAAGUAUAUCACAAUAGGCCAAAGACCUAAAAACGUGGUGAUAGUUCAAAGCUGCUGCGCUCAUUUUAUGAAACGGAUAUCGAUGAUUAUCAAAAAAGACUUCUCGCAAUUCCAGCGAAAAAAAUCGUUUUUACUGGAGUGCGUAGCAAUCAUGAUGCUCUGCAGAGGAAUGCAAGAACUUCUGCAAGUGUUCACACACUUUGUAAAGGCAGUGUCGUCGCCCGACGAAGUCGAUGCGCGAAAUAGCUUAAUUGUUUUAGCGGAAAUUGUGACAGACCGAAAACUGGAAAUCACAAUCAUGACUGAUCACGGCAAGGAGAUGGGCGACAAUGCAAAAGAGACGUUACACGAAAGCAAACCGGAAGUAGAUUUCGAAACACAGAAAAAAAGCAAAGCAGUGUACGCCAACUCUCCGUUUUUCCAAGAAUUCGACAACAAACUGCGGGAAGUGGAAAAAGAAAUUGAUAGGACAAAACCAAUCACGAACAAGUACUACGUACCCGGUUUUGCCAAGCAUAUGACUUGGAAGCAUUUUCCAUACGCUCCUCUUUGGACAUCGAUGAUGUUGGAUUUAGUCGAUGAAAAUAUAUCUCGUCUUAGUAACGCCUACGUGGAAAGUUACAACAACGUUAUAAAACAUCAGGUGUUGAACCACGAAAAAAACAUGAAGAUCGGACACUUCAUCCGAAAAGUAGAAUCGUACACACCAUCGCUGAUUGCGGAAGCCAAUUUGGGAGUAACCUUGAAAACCAAAGAACCCAGCACGAGACCGAAGUAUCCCAGAACUGCGAAACGUGACGUCAUUGGCAAUACUGUCACCGCUCCGACAUCCGAUGAAUACGUUGCACUCACGCAGUGUUCCACAGGAGAUCUGGUUACAGGGCAGGACUCAUUGCAACCGAACCAAAUUCAAUCUACCGUGAUAGUAGCUUCCGAAAUAGACAUUACGUGCCGUAAGAAAGCGUCCGAUCCAUUGAUCACCGAAACUUGGACGGACAAGAAACAAUGGGUUCGAGCGAGAACCCAUUUCGAAGGUAAUCGUCUUGCACGGAUUAUGCAAAAAUUGCGCAAAGAUGAAGAAACAGAGAAGCGCGCAUAUGAACAUACCGACGAAACACGAAAAUCCGAGUGCAUCGUACCACAGUGUACCAUACGAAACAUGGAAACCCCGAAAACUUCUGUCCACACGGCGAUUGAAAGUGAUGUGGUCAAGGAACCAGAGGCUUGCGAAUAUACCGCUCCCGAGCGUGCAGCAAUUGAAAUCUGUCAGUCUACUGUUGUCGAAGAUGAGAAUCGCUUGGCAGGAAUUUCGCAAGAUACUUGCUGCGGUCUUAAAAAUGGUUUGAUGGAUGAUGUCCACUAUUACUUGAAGUCCAGGUCACACAACGUGAAAAUUGGCUCUUACACUGCAUCUCUGAAUCCCCCAUUGAGAUCGAAUAAUUUCCAAAUCACCGCAAGACAAUUUCAUACUUUGUCGCGGAAUAGAUGGAUCGAUGGUUUGGCGAUCGAUUGUUAUUCAAUGACGCAUAUCGACACAUGGACGAACAGCAUCUAUAUGUCGACGGACGAUACAAGUGUGAUAAUCGGAUGCUAUUGGUUGUACAGAAAACAACCUUCCUGUGCGAUGUAUAACAUCUCUCGCCCCCUAAGUGGCAAAAUCUUUUUGCCAUACAUGAUUCAUGGUCACUGACGUUUGCUGGUUGUCGAUAUAGACGAGAACACUUUAUCAUUGUUGGAUCCAUAUGGUGGAAACGAUGAUGAAAAAAGGCUGCUCGAAGCAUUCCAUCAAUUUUUGACAGGCUGCAGUAACCGAUCUACUUUCAAGGAACUGCGGAAGAUCCAGUGGACGAUGAAAGAAGUACUCGGCAGGCCGUAUCAGGCUCCAAAUGAUACCAGCAAUUGCGGAGCACACGUUGCACGUUACAUCGAAUGUUUGGCAAAGAACAACCCAUUUGAUUUAUCAUUCGAUCCGCCGGAAUUCAGACGGAAGAUGGCUCGAAUCCUAUUACUAAAAUCAGAUAAUGUCAAAGACAAGUGCAUGUACUGCUUUGAAAAGUGUCGUGAUACGGAUGCUCAGUCGACAUGCGUGAAGUGUCUGCGUUGGUGUCACACCAACUGUUUGGAUAAAGGUGAAGUAAACUCGGAAGACGAAGAGUUUGAAAACGACCCGUUAAAUAAAUUCAAGAAGAGGUCCCGGAAUAGUAAAGCUGGUCUCCAAGAAACAAGGAAAACGUCCUUGAUAAAUUCGUGUGUUGCGUACACAUGCAAGUUAUGUAGAUAAAGUGGAUUCGCAUAACAUACUAGCAAUGACAUUACAAUUAAACAAAUCCUACGAUUUCGUGGUUUCUACCAUUUAUGUUGAAAUCGUUCACUUGGAGAUAAUAUGUAAAUAUCACAACUUGCAGGUGAAGAUACUUAUUCGAAAUACGAUGAAAGGCGCUAUGUAACAAGAUGAGAUAUUAUAAUGCUACCAAUUUCCAUCUAUGUGAUUGGUUAUAUCAAUCAUAAUUUCUAUUAGCUCAACAAUGAACGAUGAGAGUUCAACAAACCGGCUAUGAAGUUUGUUUGAAACAUGUGUUGUUUGUAAUAUCCAAAGGCGUUGUGUGAAUUAUAUGAUUAUAUGUUUGUUACAUUUCUUACAGAAAAUAUAGAACGUGCGUGCGUGCAACUACGUUCGAACGAUGGGUGUGUUGAGCCUUAAAAUUUAGAUAACCAAGGAUUAUAACAACCAAAGUGCGAUACUAACGGCCUUGCUUCAGUGCCUAGUUCGCAGUAUAUUGCCCAUAACCAAGGCGUAUUUAGGCCACAUUGAUUAACGUUUACAUUUUGUACAAUUUUUACAGACUAUCCUGAUCGUGUGUUCGUGCAAGUAACGUGUUGAGCCUGCAACACAGUCUAACCAAAGUUUAUUACGACCAAAGUGUAAAAUUGUUGGCUUUGCUUUUGAGCCUAGUUUACAGUAUUUUGCCCGAGAUCCCGGAGACAUUUGGGUCAAAUUUAUCUAAAUAUAUGUACACUGACCGGCAUAAAUGGCUUCACAAUGUUUACGUCGCGCGGCGAUGUGUGGGUCACAGGUAGGCGGAGUUUCUAUCUACGGGGGCCCAUAAGCGCGAUCAAGAGAGCAUCAUAGUGCGACAGAGUUAGCAACAUAUCGCUCGUUGCAUCCCUUUCGCACAGCACUGGUGCGAGCGAGUCGGCAGAGUCAGGUAGACCAGCUUGGUGGGGGAGAUAUUCUUCUCCUCGCGCGGAAGGCAUUUCUGGCCACCGAUACUAAUUCGUUUCUUGUCUCACUAACGCUGUGCGACGACGAUGGGUGAUCGAAAACACCAUUCCUCUCGAACUCACGAAACUCGCCGUAGCGUCUUCUAACUCCCAACUCAUGCGCUGUGGCUGUCUCUCACAAUCAGGAUACCCAACGUGCGGUAGAAAGUGAGAAGGCGCCAAUGGGAUGUAUAAGGGUGCCGAAAGAUAGAUUCUGAUGACUUUUUUGACAUUUUCCCAAAAUUAAAAAAGUUUUUUUAGAAACUACGUUUUUGAAGUCGAUAACCAAUGUAAUCCAACGUCUACUCGAUGGAAUCAAAUGAAAUAUCCACAGCUUGUUGAAAGCAUAAAAAAGUAGAGGCUGAUCGUAGUAUUAUUUUUUUUAUUAAAAUUUACAUUUUUUACAAACAAUAAUGAACUAGUGCUUUUUCAAUCGAAAAACCGCCAGUAAACUAUCAGAGACCGCCAUUCUGUUUAUUUGAGAAAAAGAACUUCGAUCACCCCUAACCCGUAAGGCCCUGGUAAUCUUAAUGGGAAAACUGAAUCUGUCUAUAAGUUCAAUCAAGUAUCGAAUUUUUCCGUUUACUUCAAUUAACGGCAUGAAUAUUGCCCGUACUUCAUAGUUGAAUUGUUGCAAACUGAAA